GCAGUUGGCGACCUAAUUUGACGGCUCGGAUUUUGAUUUAUUUUACCGAUUGUUUUAAAAAAUUUAAGGAAAAUUAAUUUUUCUGAUAUCACACGAAUUAUGUCAAAGCAGAAGGAAAACAAAUGGUCUAAUUAUGCAUUGAGAAUUAUUGUAAAUACCGCAUCACACCCUUUUGAGUAUGCAAAGGUUCUGAUACAGAUUGGUCAUGAACCUAUUCCACCUAGGCCAGCCAAAACCUUCUUUGGUAAACCAGCCCUUAAGCUGCCUAAUAUCUUUGAAUAUGUGAAACACAUUAAAUCAGUUGAUGGAUUUGCUGGUUGUUACAAUGGUUUAGCUCCAAAAGUUUGUGGAAAUCUAUUAAGUGCAAUAGCAACUCAAAAGCUUUUAGACUAUUUAGAGCCCCCCAAAGAUGACGAUGACGAUUUGGAAGAGGAACCUACUGAAGUUCAGAAAAAAGAAAGGUUUAUUAGGUCUGUAAAAUGUGACAUUAUAACUCACACAGCUGCUAUUUUUGUCAGUCAACCGUUUCAUGUAAUAACUGUGAGAAUGAUGGCACAAUUUGUUGGAAGAGAGACAAAAUAUAAUGGGAUAUUUAGUUCGGUAAAAGAAAUUUAUUCGCAAAAUGGGAUUUUGGGGUUCUUCAGUGGUCUAAUACCUAGACUAUUAGGAGAUAUAUGUUCUUUGUUAUUAGCUAGCAGUUUGACUUAUGCCAUAAACCAUUACAUUGUUGAAGAAAGAGAGUUAAAAGUUUAUACUUCAGCUACCAUGACUUUUUUGGCAACAGCAAUAACUUAUCCCUUCCAAGUUGUUUCGAACUGUAUGGCUGUUACAAAUUCAGGCCUGAUAGCCGGGUCACCGAACUUCAUGCCUCAUUACAAAACCUGGGUCGAUUGUUGGGCAGAUUUAGCAGGCCGAAACCAACUCAAACGAGGUUCUAGUCUUCUCAUACGUUAUUAUAUUGGUCCAUCGAUUGUUAUUGGUGGCAAACCACUGCCUCUCCCUGGGGAAGCCAGCAGGGUUUCUUAAGGACCUCCUUGUACAUUUUUAGCAUUUACAUUUUGUUGUGGAAAUCAUUGUAUGUAAAUAUUUUAAUACAGUUAAACCUAUCACAUUAGUUUCCGUCAAUAAAUUGUUGUUUUAUUACUAA